AAUUUAGUGUUCCUCUCUCCACCCACUGUCCCCACCCAUCACACUUCUUCCUGCCUGAAGAGAAAGAGGGAGCGAGACGGACAGAGGGAACAUAAUUAAAAGCAGACACCUUUAAGAUGCCUUGGAGAACUGUAGUAUUUUAUUCUUUUUCUUCAGCGGACCGUGGCAGACUUAAAACAUUUAUCCGAGGCCCAUUUACAAAGGUAAGCCUGAAAAAAACACACGGAACUAAAGCUUCUGGGACUGUGUUUCGUGCUUCUGCUGUCGGAUGUUUGGGGUUGACAACUUGCUGGAGCAGGUUUUUCUUCUUGUCAGGAUCAAAAGUAGAGACAUCUUGGUGACAUUGACGCUCAAGUUUCUUUUUAAAGUGUGGGAUUUCCUGAAAAGACAUGAGGGUGCAAACUUUCCCAAGAGCGCAGAUUUUGCAGGAGUUUAAUUUGCAGUGCCAAGCAUUGACUGCUAAUAACUACAGAGGCUUUAAAGAGGAGUUUAAGGAGCUCAAUGAAGUUGGAAAAGAGCUCCCCACCAGGGCGGGGGACUCUGAGGUCAACAGGGAAAAGAACAGAUACCCAUCCAUUUUACCGUAUGAUCACUGUCGGGUCAGGCUCUCUGUUCAAAACUCCUAUCCACACACCGACUACAUCAAUGCAAACUUUGUGCCUGGUGGAGGAUCAGAAAGAGACUUCAUUUGCACCCAGGGUCCUUUGCCCAACACCAUAGCUGACUUCUGGAGGAUGGUGUGGGAGCAAAACGUCAGGAUUGUUGUCAUGGUGACAGCUCUGAAACACAAGGACAUAGUUUUCUGUGACAAGUACUGGCCACUGGACCCAGGGACAGUUUACCAUGGACUCAUCCAAGUCACAACAGUGACUCGCAAACAAGGGCCAGAUUGUUUUAUCACCACCAUUAACCUCCGACAUAGAGACUGUCCGACAGACAGGAUAAUCACACACUAUUACUACCCCUCCUGGCCUGACAGGGGAGUCCCUAAGAGCCAAUCCUCUCUCUGCGUCUUCACUGAGCAUGUGCGGCAGCAUUUGGAAGCCAUUCCUUGUCUGGGACCAGCUGUAGUGCACUGCAGUGCAGGUAUUGGGCGGACAGGAACAUUUGUAACACUGCUCUGGCUGCAACAACUGUGUGCGAGGGGUAUCCGGCCUGAUAUCAAGGCUGCUGUGCAGGACCUUCGUCUGCAUCGAAUGUGGAUGGUCCAGACUCUGAACUGAGGCUACAUCACAAUGUCAGCGCGGCCAGCAAGGGCAGGAGGACAGCAAUGCACCACACUGGGCGGGAAAAGACAGAGAGACAAUUGUUAAUUUAAUGUUGCAUUUCUUUAACCCUUGA